AUGUCGCUCCCAAUUGAUCCCGAAGUUGGUUUAAACAAGGUGGCACUCAAUACGUGGAGUGCAGAAGCAGUGCCUGUACCAAGUACCGGCAGUAUUGAUUCUCAUGGAGCCAAUACGUCCAAUAAUAUCUUUUCAGACCCGAAAACUCUCGAGCACUAUACCACGUUAUAUGAGAAGGCAAAGUACGAGUGUCGCCAUUUGCUGGACCCAAGUCUCGAAUGGACCCGUGAAGAGGAAAGGAAGUUGGUGCGGAAAUUGGAUUGGCAUGUCUGUUUGUGGGCGUGUACUAUGUUUUUUGCACUGCAGGUCGAUCGAGCAAAUCUAAAACAGGCUGUAUCGAACAACCUGUUGAACGAGCUAAAGCUGUCCACGAACGACUACAAUUAUGGAAACACGAUAUUCCUGAUUUCGUUCCUGCUAGCAGAGCUCCCUUCUCAGCUGGUGUCGAAGAAAAUUGGCCCUGAUAGAUGGAUUCCCACGCAAAUAACUCUGUGGUCUAUUGUGGCGAUCAGCCAAGUUGCUCUGAGUGGCAGGGGUUCUUUCUAUGCCACUCGGGCCUUGCUCGGAGUCCUUGAGGGCGGUUUCAUUCCGGAUGUUGUCCUGUGGCUGUCAUACUUUUAUACGGGACAUGAACUUCCGAUUCGUCUAAGCUUUUUCUGGACGACGCUGAGUCUGACUGGGAUUGUGACAUCUCUACUGGCAUUUGCCAUUUUUCAUCUAGAUGGGGUCCAUGGUAUCUCGGGUUGGAGAUAUCUAUUCCUUAUCGAAGGGCUGAUUACCCUAGGGGUCGGAGUCGCCUCAUUCUUUCGGAUGCCUGCUUCAGCAGUGCAGACCAAGACUUGGUUCCGCCGAAACGGAUGGUUCAACGAUCGAGAGCUAAGUAUUGUUGUAAAUCGAGUCUUGCGAGACGAUCCAAGCAAAGGAGAUAUGCAUAAUCGCAUGGCUAUCACUCCCAAACGACUGUGGAAGUCGCUAUCUGAUUACGAUAUAUGGCCACGCAUGAUGACUAGGGCCUGGUGCUCGAAAAACUCGGGAUCUGUGCGCACACGUUCCGUUUCUGCUGCCGUUUACAAUAUGAUGGUUCAACUGGGCAACGUAAUAUCAGCAAACAUUUAUCGAGCAGAUGACGCGCCACUGUACCACCGAGGAAAUACGGCUCUUAUCGUCAUUAACGUUCUUGGGAUCGUGCUGUUCAUCUUGACCAAGUUCUAUUAUAUCAUCAGGAACAAGUGGAAGGCCAAGAAAUGGGCUUCGCUUACUGAAGAGGAAAGAGUGACAUAUGUGAAAACCACCAAAGACCAGGGCAACAAGAGGCUGGAUUUUGUCUUUGCGCACUGA